GUACAAAUGGUAUAAAUCAUAAUAAAAUUGCAGUAUGAGUAACAGAAAAUUUGAAGUGGAAAAGUACAAAGUGAAAGAUGAAUAGUUAGCGGAUGACUUGAUUGUUUAACUGCAAGCGUUUGUAAAUUGAAUAACUAAAUUUACAUCUGAAAGUUGUAGAUAAAUCUUGCUACUCCCUCCAUUCCAAUUUAUGUGACACUUUUUAGAUUUUGAGAGUCAAAUGAGUUUUUCUUUGAUUACGAUAUUUUCAUAUGUUCUUAAAAUAUUUUAAAUUAUCAAUUAUUAUGAUCUAUAGUACUUUUUUACGCUGUGUCUAAUAUGUAAAUUUUAUUUAAAGAUUUCCUGCUCGAAUUCAACGACUUUCGAAAUCCGAACGGCACCACAUAAAUUGGGACAGAAGGAGUAUAUUUCAAAGGAAUUAUAGAGAAAUCAAGACAUGGUUUGAUUCCCUUGCAUGUGUUCACUCUGAAAUUAUAGGAGUAUAUUUGCAGGAGUCUAAUUCGACUUCAACUCUGGAAAUUUUAAUUCGAGUUCUUAUAGGAGUAAAACCAAUUAAGCCGCCAAAAAAUUAGUGAAGUUUAUAAAUAGAGUAUAUUCAGUUCCCCCCAUAUACAAAUAGAGAAAUCAAGAUGGUUUCCCUUGUAUCUUAUUCACUCCGAAACCUAACUGCUUUAGGAUUCUAAUUUGACAGAAACUAAUAUUAAACAUGACCUACUUCUAAGCCUUGUAGGAGUAGAAAAAAACAAAAUAUGCCGCCUUCGUGAGGUCUUAUAAAUAGAGUAUGUUCAGUUAAUUCCACAUACAAAGUUUUACACGCCUGCCACUACUCUCCAGAAACUAGAGUUCUUAUGGAUAUUGGAGCUGAUCAUUAUGCUGUUUUGAGUUUACCCUCGGGUGAAGAAGGGGCCAGGCUUUCUCAGAAAGAUAUAGCUAAGGCCUAUCGAAAGAAAGCAUUAGAGUUGCAUCCAGACAAGAGGCCCCAUGAUCCAAAUGCUCACUUCAACUUUCAAAAGCUGACAACUUCAUACGAAAUUCUCAAGGAUGAGAAACAUAGAAAUUUAUUUGAUGAUCUACUGCGCGUGAAGCGUGAGAACAUCCAACGCCAAUCACAACAAGAUUCAAAACGUAGAAAGAUGAUGGCAGAUCACGAGGCAAGAGAGCGUGCUGCCUCUCGAGAAGAGGAGGAACGAAUUGCUAGAAAAAAUCGUCAAUCACAACGAGAUUCAAAGCGUAGAAAGAUGAUGUCAAAUCUCAAUGCAAGAGAGCGCGCUUUUGCUCGAGAAGAGGGGGAACGAAUUGCUAGAAAACUUAAAAAGGAAUUUGCUAGAAUUCGUGCCACACAUUCAAAUAAAGUGUCUACUUCACAGAAAGAGGAACAGACGCCAAGGGUUGAUGAAAUUUUGAGUAGUGUAGACAAGGAAAAGGUGCUUAAGGUAUCUUGGGACAACUUUACUCAUUUUUUCUAUUAAAACUUGCAAUUUGUCCUGCUUUAAGGAGCAACACAAACUUGUAACUUUCUCUAGUGCUCUUCCCCUUGUUUUUUAAACCAGUCAGAUGAUCAAGACUUUUUAAAUUAUUCUUCAUCUUAAUUUUGUGUUGUGUUUACUUACUAACACAAACCAUAUUCAUGGUAAAUGUGUUAUUUUUCAAGGUGAGGCAUUCUUUUGAGCGCGGAAUUAUUCUAGAAACCAGCAGUUGCAGGUUUUGGAUUUCACUGAAAUUUUGAAGACAGUCAUACAGGCAGCAAAUAUCCUUGUACUCUUUGACAUAUGAAGGUGUAGCCGAUCGAACUCCGAUUCCAAUGUCUCAUCCUCUAUGAUGUGCUCCUGGUUCAAUUAACCUAAAGUCAACACGGGCGGAGCUACAAGCCUGUCUACGGGUUAGGCAGAACUCAGCAGGACUCUAUAUAUUUGCAUUUAAAAAUCUCAGAACUCAAUAAGCUAGCUUUUGUAGAAUCCAUAACCCAUAAACUCAAAAUCCUAACUCCGUCUUCAUGCACGAGCUCCAUCAACUAUUCUGUAUGUUAGGCCAUGAACUUGGUCCAUUAGGCCUUGAAGACGGGUCAAUGUUGUCGUCGCCUGUAUUUGAAGUUGUUUCUGAUUUCGAGGGCUCUGCUGCAUUUUUCCUUCAUGGUAGGGAGAGCGGCACUGACUAUGGGCCAUAUGAUCGUGGCAUUCUCUU